AUGAAGAUUAAUUUAUCCGUCAGUAAAAAAAGUAGAGGCGAGGGGGGGGGACAACGGACGGAUAAGGAGGAAGGAAAAUCGACUGGGGCAUUGAAAAAGGAAAGUCGGGAAGUUGAUCGAAAAAGCGAUAAAGAGGAAAGGACGACAACCAAAGAAAAAAGUGUGAAGAAACAAAUAGGGGAUUUUUUUGUAACCUCAGAUGAUGAAGAGGAACCAUACGAACUGGAGAACAACCAAAAUAAAAAAUUAAAUGAAGAAAAGAAGAAACAAAUCGAAAAAGAAAUAAGAGAAUAUAUUUAUGAACAUGAAAAUCCUGUUGAAACAAGCUCAAGGGAGGAAUUAAAAAUUGAUCACACAGACAAGAAGAAGAAAAUUCGCUACCUGGGUUAUAGGGGUGAAGAGUUGACGAAGCUUAACGAGGAUAAAGCAAACCAAUUGGAGAGGAAGAAGGAGUAUGGCCCUUGCUAUAAGGAACAGGGCGAGAGCAGAAGCCACCAUCGGGGUGAUGAUAGGUGCAGGGAGAAGCGAUCGAAGGAAUAUCUCCCGAAACAUGCACAUGGAAGAAAAAACACAGAGGAGGAGGACGCAGCCAAACUAGAGAAGGAAAUUCGUAUCGAUGACAUUUUCAAGAAGAAGGAGAGCGAUCAGAAGGGCAAGUCCAAGUACAUGGACGCCCUCAUCGGUAGCGCCAAACGAAGGGAAUUGGAAAGGGAAAUGUUGAUUCAGAAAAAACUCAAAAUUGAUACAUCCAAGGAAGAAAAAGUUUUUAUAACCAAGGCUUAUAAAAAAAAAAUUAUGGAUAGAGAAUUAAUUAUGAAGGAUUUGGAGUUAGAAGCCCCCAAGAUGGAGGCUGAAAAUAGGCAGUCCAACUUCAACCUGAAUUUGUUUCUUAAAAAUAUAAACGCACCGUCGAAUUAUAAUCGGUCGAAUAGGCGUCCUCAUUGUGAGAAGUAA